AGCCUCCACUGCUGACUCGCCUAUUGAAGUGAUGCCUGCAAGCGCGGCAUGUUUCCGUGGGAGCCCCACCACGAGCGGGGACGGGCUGCGAUUUUACUCACACCACCGCCACCAUCCUCUCCUGUGACCCCCCGGUGCCCAGCGCCCUGCACUGCCCACCCCGGCCGGGGAAAUGGAGCUGCCCUGGGAGUGAUGCUGCUGGCAGGAGCCCAUGUGAUGCUGGGCUAGCGCCGCUCGCUCCCUCGUCCCUCUCCCCGCUCGCUCGCAGGCUGUCAUGGCGACUCCCAAUAAUGUUACUCCCACCAACUGCAGCUGGUGGCCCAUCUCGGCGCUGGAGAACGACGCAGGGAAAUCCACCGAGGGGGAGGAAAACCAGGACCCAACAGACCCCACUCUCAAAUCCCAGGACAGACUGGUUUUGUACCACUGGACCCAGUCCUUCAGCUCACAAAAGGUGCGGCUGGUCAUCGCGGAGAAGGGGCUGCCCUGCGAGGAGCGGGACGUCAGCAUGCCCCUGAUGGAGCACAAGGAGCCCUGGUUCAUGCGGCUCAACCUGGGGGAGGAGGUGCCCGUCAUCAUCCACAGGGACAAUAUAAUCAGUGAUUACAACCAGAUCAUUGACUACAUGGAGAAGAACUUCACGGGAGAAAAUGUCAUCCAGCUGAUCCCUGAGCCGGGCAGCCUGCUGCACUCACGGGUGCUGCAGUACCGUGAGCUGCUGGACUCGCUCCCCAUGGACGCCUACACGCACGGCUGCAUCCUGCACCCCGAGCUCACCACCGACUCCAUGAUCCCAAAGUACGCGACCGCUGAGAUCCGCAGACAUUUAGCUAACGCCAGCACGGAGCUGAUGAAGCUGGACCACGAAGAGGAGCCGCAGCUAUCAGAGCCCUACCUCUCCAAGCAAAAGAAGCUCAUGGCCAAGAUCCUGGAGCACGACAAUGUGAACUACUUGAAGAAGAUCCUUGGUGAACUGGGGAUGGUGCUAGACCAGAUCGAGGCUGAGCUGGAGAAGAGGAAACUGGAGUACCAAGGGCAGAAGUGUGAACUUUGGCUCUGCGGAUGUGUCUUUACUUUGGCCGAUGUCUUGUUAGGAGCCACCCUGCACCGCCUCAAGUUUCUGGGACUCUCUAAGAAAUACUGGGAAGAUGGCAGCAGACCUAACCUACAGUCCUUCUUUGACAGGAUACAAAAACGCUUCGCCUUCAGGAAAGUUCUGGGAGAUAUACAUACCACGCUCCUCUCCGCAGUGGUACCUAAUGCCUUCAGGCUGGUCAAGCGGAAACCUCCCUCCUUCUUCGGAGCCUCCUUCCUGAUGGGAUCUCUGGGGGGAAUGGGAUAUUUUGCUUAUUGGUACUUAAAGAAAAAAUACAUCUAGUGCUGGCUGCUCAGUGUUUAGUUUGGUGUCUCUGUGCUGUGUGAAAUUAUGAUGAAGCCUCAGUAACUGUAAUGAAAUUUGAAGCAAGGUAAUGAAUAAUUAUAUUGUUUAAUGUAACAUUCCAUAGUCUAGAAGUAGAAACUUAUACUGCAAGGAAAUAAGACAACAACAACAAAAAAAUGCGUCAACUUGUAAAUGCCUUUUUUUAGGUUUAAGUAUUCAACUCCAACAAGAGGCUCAGGGGUUCAUGGGCUCAGCCGUGCCCACCGGGAAGCAGCGCUGCCUCCAGCACCGGCCGGCUCCAGUGGGAGAGACGGGAACCCUGGGAAGUUUCCCGACACCCAAGUUCAAUAAUGGCACUCGGAUACUUGGUCCUGUAUGUUUGUGUUUCCAAAUUGUUCACUGGCCACAUUUCAUACACGCAGGUAGUGAGGACUUUCUUCUAGAAGGCGUUGUGCUGUCGUGCUCAGAGGCUUUCCUGGGAGCAGGGUGCAGUAGCUGGUCACAGUCAAGGUGGAUUUGUGUUCUUCAAGUAUCCAUUUUUAAAGUUAUUUUCAUUAAAAGGAAUAUUUUUUAUUGAGCUGCUCUUAGAAGGUA